AUGAGCACUUCGUUAGCCAAUGUCCCCCUAAACGCGGGACGACGACGCGUCUUCAACUCCGUCUUCUCCCCCGCGUCACUCCAAGCCCGAUCACCAUUCUCUCCGAGCGAGAACGAGAACCUGAAUGCGUCUUUCCAAUCGACCGGCUCCUCUUCUACCGUGAGAAAUGACUCGUUCGCUGUAAUCCAUCCCGAUGGGGUCGCCGACUCCGACCGAGAUUGGGACCGAGCAUGGACCGCAGCAACUGCCUUCCUGGCAGUCCCUGACCUAGGCUUCGCACCGGUCUAUGAAGGAAAAGAUACAGAUGGAAGUGAUGCAAUCCAAGCAUUCGGCAGGUUAAGCCCUCCUUCCAGGGAGACCGCAGAUGCUCUGACUUAUUUGGUCUCGGCGGCGCCACAGGCCGCAGACGAAUCGAAGAACCUGAUUAGCUGGUACGGCGAUGAGAUACGGAGGCACUUCCUUUUGAACCUCCGGGGAGGGCUACAUCAGCUUCUCAAACACCCCGAACAGGCCGGCCUGCUUCGCGAUAUGGUGAAAUGUUUACAGUUAGCGCGUCGAAUCUACUUGACCCCUGUCAUUCACGAGCUUAUGCCACGCCUGAGGGCGUCGACACAAGGCGUGGUGCUGACCCAGCUUCAGCGAACCUUCCAUGCUGUGGUGUCAUAUUCUCUGCCGUGGUCGCAGAUAUCCACACUUUUGGCAGGAGAACUCGCGCAAAGUGCGAUUGUCAUCCUCGGCAUUGAUACUCUGCUUGAAGACUCAUCUUCCGAUGAGGACAGCGAGAAUGAUAUGCAGAUAGACCGUCAUUACUCGGUUUCAUAUGAUGACUGGAGACAACAGAGCCCCGAAGACCAAGCACACAUGAUGCUCGACAGCGAAGGAAGCCACGUGACUAUCGCUAGGGACCAGUUGUUGGCAUUCAUGAAUGGCCUGGAGGUGGUUGGGCUUGGUGGUGAUAAAGCGCAGAAGGUAUUUGCAAGCGUCAUGAAUAUCAUGAUGACGGAGUUUGUGCGCGCGGCGUACACAGAUCGAUGGGAGGCACCAACAUCUGCUCUUGCACACCUGCGGCAUUGGGUAGACAAUGUCUUCUGUCGACUCGUAGUGCAAGUUCUGGCGACCAUCCAUACUCCUACAACCGACAAUCGAGUUCCAAGUACUGCAGAUGUCAGUUCUGGAGAUAUAGAGAAGUGGCAAGAAAUUUCGGUGGCUCGCCUCGGUGCUCUGCGGACGAGCGAACUCUUCGAUGUGAUUGUGGAGUGGCCUGCGAGUGCUGGCGCUAUUGAAGACCUGCGCCAGUUCAUCACUCAUCCUGCGGCUAGGGCCUAUGUCACCCAGUCGUUCAUUGCGUCGUUGAACCAGCGCUUGCUCCACCCAGGAGCUUCUACGGUCGAGAUUUUGCAACUGUACAUUUCCAUCAUUCGAGGGUUCCAUAUCCUAGACCCGAAAGGUGUCUUGCUCGAUCGGAUUGCCCGCCCAAUCCGGCGUUAUUUGAGGGAGCGUGAUGACACCGUCAAAGUCAUAGUCAGUGGAUUGCUGGCAGAGGCACCUGUAACAGCCGCGACAGAAGCAACGCUGCCCUCCAGCACUGAUACAUUAAUAGAGCUAUCAACAGAGCUCGCGCGAGCACACAAGCUAUCCCUCGAACAUAAGGACAGCGAGCUGGACUGGGAUGAUGCGAACUGGAUGCCUGAUCCGGUCGACGCAGCGCCCGAUUAUCGCAAGUCAAAGAGUGCCGACGUGAUCGACAGUCUGGUCAGCCUCUUCGACUCGAAAGAAACAUUCGUCAAAGAGCUCCAAACCCUCCUCGCCGACCGCCUCCUCCAGAAACGCGAGCACUACGACCAAGAAGUCUCCGUCCUCGAGCUCCUCAAAGUACGCUUCGGCGACUCCGCUCUCCAAGCCUGUGAGGUGAUGCUCCGCGACAUCUAUGACUCGCGUCGCGUCGACGGUGUACUCCACGCCAAGAUCCUAUCGCGCUUCUUCUGGCCCGAGAUCCAAGACCAAGAAUUCAAGAUCCCCGACGAAAUCCAGUCCAUCCAAGACCGCUAUUCCGCGGGCUUCGAAGCAAUCAAGCAAUCCCGCAAACUGACCUGGCGCAACGGCCUUGGCCAGGUAACCGUCGAACUAGAACUCGAAGACCGCUCCUUCUUAGAAGAGGUGACCACCUGGCAAGCAACCGUCAUUCACGCCUUUCAGUCCUCCGACGAGUCCACCACAAAAACCGUCGAGGACCUCACCGAGGAACUCGAAAUGGCCGCCCCUCUAGUCCGCAGCGCCUGUCUCUUCUGGGUCAGCAAGCGCAUUCUCGCCGAAAUCAAGCGCGACUGUUUCCGCGUUCUUGAAACCCUGCCCAGCGAGGACGAGCAGCAUGUCGCCGGACCGGGCUCCGCAGAGGAUGAGAACAGCGUGGAUGACGCCGCAAAUGCCGCUGCUGCUGCCGAGGCUGCGGCUGCAGCCGCAGCGAAGGAGACCGCCGAAGCUGCUGCGAUGGAGAAAAUGAAUCUGUACUGGCAGUUCAUUGUCGGCAUGCUCACGAACCAGGGCGCGAUGCCGCUGCAGCGGAUUGUCAUGAUGUUGAAAAUUGUUGUGCCGGGCGGGUUCCCGUUUAGCAAUGAGGAGCUGCGCGAGUUCCUGGCUGGGAUGGUAACGAGGGGCAAGCUGGAGAUUGUGAGUGGGGGGAGCUAUAAACUCGUGCAUUAG